AUGUCGACAUCAUCCCCGCGUGUUGUGAGAUUCACCAACGGCUAUCUCCUCAAGAAUGGUGAAUUGGUGCCCGGAGACCUCUGGGUCUCAUCCGAGACGGGACGGAUCAUGAGUCCUCAGUCAGCCUUCUAUUCUUCGCAUCUGAGACCCGAUAGAACCGUGGACCUUCGGGGCGGGAUUCUAUCUCCAGGCUUUAUCGAUGUUCAGAUCAACGGCUCUCACAACUUUGACUUCUCAACCCCUGACCCAGACUUCGCCUCAAAGUUGACACACACCACCCAGCAGAUGAUCAAGUCCGGUCUCACUUCGUUUGUCCCGACCGUCAUCAGCACCACGCCCGAGAGCUAUCAUGCAGUCCUCCCUCAUCUUGGUCCGUCCGGAAAGGGGCGUGAUGCCACCAACGGCUCAGAGAGUCUCGGGGCACACAUCGAAGGACCCUUUCUUUCUCCAGUGAGGAAUGGAAUCCACAAGAAGGAGGUCCUCCGAGAAGCAAAUUCUUGGGCCGACAUUGAGGAAUGUUACGGUGUCGAAAAUCUUCACAAUGUGAGAUACAUCACCGCUGCGCCUGAAAAGGGGGCCAUGAUCAACCUGAUUCCUGAAUUCGCCAAACGAGGCAUCGUCUUUUCCGUGGGUCACUCGGACGCCACUUUUGAACAGGCACAGGCUGCCAUGGCCGCUGGUGCCUCGAUGGUCACACAUCUUUUCAAUGCCAUGCGCCCCUUUGGACAUCGGGAUCCCGGUAUUUUUGGGCUUCUGGGACAAUCAGCACCAUCGACCCCUGUGGCCACACCAAAGACCAGCCGCCCGGCAAGCCCAUCGACCUCUCCUCAAGGCUCGCCUCGGUCUUCAAGGAGGUCAACACCUCGAUCCAGCCUGAGCAUCAGCACCUCGAUGGCGGACCUAGAUGAUGAGGCGGCACGGUACAAGCAGCCGUACUUUGGCCUCAUCGCCGAUGGCAUCCACCUGUCUGCACAAACGCUCAAGAUUGCCUACUCCGCUCACCCGGAAGGCGCAAUCCUGGUUACCGAUGCGCAGAAGUUUUCCGGAUGCCCUGAUGGCGCCUACGAGUGGCGAGGAGAAGAUCGCUUCGUGAAGGAAGGCAAGCUGCUCAAGCUGGAGAGCAACGGACGUAUCGCUGGCAGUGUGGUUGAUUUGAUCGACUGUGUCAACAACUUCAAGCGAUGGACAGGCUGCGGAACGGCGAAAGCGCUGGAAUGCGUGACUAGCACACCGGCCAAGAUGUUGGGCAAGGACGUGGAGGCCACCAAGGGGAGACUUGAGGUGGGCAUGGAUGCGGAUCUUGUGGUUCUCGAGGAGGGUCUCGAGGGAGAUCUCACUGUGCAGCAGGUUUGGAAGUUUGGCGUCCAGGUCGUCUAG